UGUUGGCCAGGCUGGUCUCAAACUCCUGUCCUCAGGUGACCUGCUGGCCUCGGCCUCCCAAACUGCUGGGAUUAUAGGCAUGAACCACAACACCUGGCCAAAACUUAGCUGACCCUUUCUUAAAGGAUUGGGUAAAACCAAAGUGGGAUGCGAAAUACUACAUAUCCCACAACAGAAAAACACAUAGACAGGUCUUGGGGAGUAUGUUGCCGAGGCAUUAGUUCCAGAACUCUAGGGCCACAGGCUUCCAAAGUAACCACAGCCCUUUCCACUCAGGAAUUUGUGGAGGGUGAUGUUCCAGCUGAAACAGUGUAGGCAGGAAGAAGACAUCUUCCCUUUGACUGAGCAGGUCUUAAGCUUUUAACCUGGCCUGUAUAUCAGAAUUACCCAGGGAGUUUUCAAAAAAAUUCUGGUGCCCAGGCUGCACCACAGACCAGUGAAAUCAGAAUCUCUGGGGCUGGGACCCCAGGAAUCAGUAUUUUUAAAGACUUGCCUGGCGGGCGCCACGUCUAUGUGGGCUUCGUGCUGUGGGCUGCUGAAUGAAGUCAUGGGAACUGGAGCUGUCAGGGGCCAGCAGUCAGCAUUUGCAGGAGCCACCGGUCCAUUCAGAUUUACACCAAACCCUGAGUUUUCCACCUACCCACCAGCAGCUACGGAAGGGCCCAACAUAGUUUGUAAAGCCUGUGGGCUUUCAUUUUCAGUCUUUAGAAAGAAGCAUGUUUGCUGUGACUGCAAGAAGGAUUUUUGCUCCGUUUGUUCAGUCUUACAAGAAAAUCUCCGUAGAUGUUCUACUUGUCACUUAUUACAAGAGACAGCAUUUCAGCGCCCUCAGUUAAUGCGACUGAAGGUGAAGGACCUGCGGCAGUAUCUCAUUCUGAGAAAUAUACCCAUAGAUACUUGUCGUGAGAAAGAAGACUUGGUGGAUCUAGUACUGUGCCAUCAUGGACUAGGCUCUGAGGACGACAUGGACACAAGCAGUCUGAAUUCUUCAAGGUCCCAGACUUCUAGCUUUUUUACACGUUCGUUUUUUUCAAACUAUACAGCCCCCUCUGCUACUAUGUCUUCGUUUCAGGGAGAGCUUAUGGAUGGAGAGCAAACAUCCAGAUCUGGAGUGCCGGCACAGGUACAAAGUGAAAUCACUUCAGCAAACACAGAAGAUGAUGAUGACGACGAUGAUGAGGAUGAUGAUGAUGAAGAAGAAAACGCGGAGGAUCGGAACCCCGGGCUCUCCAAGGAGAGAGUGAGAGCUUCGCUGUCUGACUUGUCAAGCCUUGAUGAUGUGGAAGGAAUGAGCGUGCGCCAGCUGAAGGAAAUUCUGGCUCGGAAUUUUGUCAACUAUUCUGGCUGUUGUGAAAAAUGGGAACUGGUAGAGAAAGUAAACCGGUUAUACAAAGAGAAUGAAGAAAACCAAAAGUCCUAUGGCGAGCGGCUGCAGCUGCAGGAUGAGGAAGACGACAGCCUGUGUCGCAUCUGCAUGGAUGCCGUCAUCGACUGUGUCCUACUGGAGUGUGGGCACAUGGUUACCUGCACCAAGUGCGGCAAGCGCAUGAGUGAGUGUCCCAUCUGCCGGCAGUAUGUGGUGCGAGCCGUGCACGUGUUCAAGUCCUGAAACAGGCUCCCCUCACCAGGACAGUCACCCCCAAACUUGACCCCAAACAUUUCAAUGCACAGAAGGGACUGGAAAGUUACUGUUCAAAGGCUGAAGCUAUUUUAAAACAUUAUUUUGACUACUAAGUGGGGACAGAAAGAUCCAUCCUGAGUUGUGGAAACAUUGGUCCAUGCCGUGAACCUGUCUGCCUGUGGACACGUGAGCUUCCCGGGCUCAGCUGGGCUUUAUCACACAUCCCGUGAACACUCAUUGAAGUCAGCCUGUUUGCACCAUGUGGGCAUCAGCCACUGCUGUCUUGGGAGGACACUUAUCCUGUUCUCUUAUUUCCCCUUCAUCCUAUUUUUAACUUAAACUGCUCAGAUAUUUGAAACUUCUGUCCUCUUUGGAUGAGAUCAGUGUCCACAAGUGGCCAACAUGGAACAUGCUGAGCAGUGGCUCCUCUGAAUGUUCACUUUAUUAGUCAUGUAUAUUUUAAAUGCUAACAUUUGAUGAAUGUAAGUUUCCACAUUGUUGCUGUUUCUGCAUUUAAACAUAAUUGGGAACAACUGACAUUCUCUAGUCGACUGCCAGGGCCUUAGACUCACAUGUCCAUUUUUGUUCAGGUAUAGCUUUUUAUAGCAAGGGCUGCAUCUAGCUUCUUUUAUUAGAAGUGUGUGUGCUAAAUUCCUUAUUAAUGUGUAAUCAGUUUACACUGUUUUGUAUAGUGAAGGUGUAUUUUCAGUGCUACCCGCUAGCUGAUUUUAACUUUAGGAAUAAAAUUAGUUUUAAAAGCUUU